AUGGCUUACUCUAAAAUCACAUUACUAGCCGCUCUUGCUGCUAUUGCUUACGCUCAAACCCAAGCACAAAUCAACGAAUUGAACGUUGUUUUAGAUGAUGUUAAGACCAACAUUGCCGACUACAUCACCCUAUCCUACACUCCAAAUUCAGGUUUUUCCUUGGACCAAAUGCCAGCUGGUAUUAUGGAUAUUGCUGCGCAAUUGGUUGCAAAUCCAAGUGAUGACUCCUACACCACUUUGUACUCUGAAGUGGACUUUUCUGCUGUUGAGCAUAUGUUGACUAUGGUCCCAUGGUACUCUUCUAGACUGCUUCCAGAAUUAGAAGCAAUGGAUGCUUCUCUAACUACCUCAAGUUCUGCUGCCACAUCUUCAAGUGAAGUUGCUAGCUCUUCUAUUGCUUCAUCCACUAGCUCUUCUGUUGCACCAUCCUCAAGUGAAGUUGUCAGCUCUUCCGUUGCACCAUCCUCAAGUGAAGUUGUCAGCUCUUCCGUUGCACCAUCCUCAAGUGAAGUUGUCAGCUCUUCCGUUGCUUCAUCCUCAAGUGAAGUUGCCAGCUCCUCUGUUGCGCCAUCCUCAAGUGAAGUUGUCAGCUCUUCCGUUGCUUCAUCCUCAAGUGAAGUUGCCAGCUCCUCUGUUGCGCCAUCCUCAAGUGAAGUUGUCAGCUCUUCCGUUGCACCAUCCUCAAGUGAAGUUGUCAGCUCUUCCGUUGCUUCAUCCUCAAGUGAAGUUGCCAGCUCCUCUGUUGCGCCAUCCUCAAGUGAAGUUGUCAGCUCUUCCGUUGCUUCUUCUACAAGCGAAGCUACUAGUUCUUCUGCUGUCACAUCUUCCUCCGCUGUUUCCUCUUCGACCGAGUCUGUUAGCUCUUCCUCUGUCAGUUCUUCCUCAGCCGUUUCCUCUUCUGAAGCUGUCAGUUCCUCUCCAGUUUCCUCAGUUGUUUCAUCUUCGGCCGGACCUGCUAGCUCAAGCGUUGCUCCUUACAACUCAACCAUUGCUAGCUCUUCUUCCACUGCCCAGACUUCUAUCUCGACCAUUGCUCCUUACAACUCCACAACCACCACCACCCCAGCUAGUUCUGCUUCCAGCGUUAUUAUCUCAACCAGAAACGGUACCACUGUUACUGAAACUGACAACACUCUUGUCACCAAAGAAACCACUGUCUGUGACUACUCUUCAACAUCUGCCGUUCCAGCUUCCACCACCGGUUACAACAAUUCUACUAAGGUUUCAACCGCUACUAUCUGCAGUACAUGCAAAGAAGGUACCUCUACUGCAACUGACUUCUCUACACUAAAGACUACAGUUACCGUAUGUGACUCCGCCUGUCAAGCUAAGAAGUCUGCUACCGUUGUUAGCGUUCAAUCUAAAACUACCGGUAUCGUUGAACAAACCGAAAACGGUGCUGCCAAGGCUGUUAUCGGUAUGGGUGCCGGUGCUUUAGCUGCUGUUGCCGCCAUGCUACUAUGA